CAUUCCAUCGCUCAACCCACAGAACUGCGUGGGGACAGCGUCACACAGCCGUGACGUCUGGGGAGAAGCAGACAAAUACAGAGGCAGAGGCAGAGGCAGAGCCAGAGAGACAGAGGCAGAGGCAGAAGCAGAAGCAGAAGCAGAAGCAGAAGCAGAAGCAGAAGCAGAAGCAGAAGCAGAAGCAGAAGCAGAAGCAGAGAGACGGAGAAAGAAGGACGCACUCCUCCGCCUAAAGAUGUCGACCCAGCCUUCCAGUCAUUCGAUUGUGAGGGCGCUGUUCAGGGAAAUCGAGAUGAACCUGAUGGAAUGCAAAAUCUGCUUGGAAAAAUUCAUCCCUGAGCGACAAGAUAGGCUAGACAGGCGGAGAAACUUGUUUUGCCGCCAUGUAUGCACCGGUUGCCUCGUGGCGUUGGCGCAGCCCCAGGCCCGCUCUUCGGAAUGCACCUUCUGCAGACAAGAGAGCACAGAUCCUAAUGCCUGCCUUCCGCUGCUGCAGUUCCGUGAGGGUCUCGGUCCCAUACUGCGCAUAAUCUCAACUGCCCGGGCGCUCACGCCACAGCCGCCGAGGUUGAGGUGGUUCCGCGCUCUAACCUGCAUCCAGUCCUUUGGGGGAUGGGGAAGCCUCGUCAACCCUACUUCGUUUGCUUUGUGCCCGAGGUCCGGGAAGGUGGUCGUGGUGCAUGAAGGCAAGAAACGAGUGAAGAUUUUUGGCCUAGAUGGAAUGUGCAUCACAGAAUUUGGAGAAAAGGGGGAGAAGCCCCAUAGCAUUCAGUACCCGCUGGGCGUUACCACUACCCCCGAUGGCUACGUGAUCCUCACUGAUGCUGGGGACCACUCCGUGAAAGUGUUUGAUUUUUCAGGUCAGAGUAAGCUGAUCAUUGGAGGUCUCUUCUCUUUGCCCUGGGGUGUGCAGACCACUCCGCAGAAGAAAAUCUUGGUGGCUGAUGCUGGGGCGGGGCUGCUUCACCUCCUGGAGAUUGACUUUCAGGCCGGCGCCCUCAAGAAGGCGGAGAAGCUCCUGACUCAUCUCUGCAAUCCCAGAGCCCUUUCUGUAUCUCAGAUCAACGGGAUAAUCGCGGUUGUCGAGCACCUGAUACCCCAGGGUACCUGUCCUGUCAGCACCAGAAUCCGAGUGUACAGCCCUAGCCUGCAGCUUCUGGGCCAGGUGGACAGUUUUGAACUGAGCCUGUUGCAUCGUUCCCAAAUGGAAACCUCUGCGGUCACCGUAGAUCACCUGGGGAACAUCAUUGUGGCUGAUACAACUAACCAUGCUGUUGUGUGUUUGGGGAAACCUCAGGAGUUUCCCAACAUGAUGCCCGUUAUUACUCAAGGGCUUUCUUACCCUGUGGCAUUGAUUUGUGGGCAAGAUAAUUCUUUCUUUGUCCUAGACAGCGGCAUCCAUGCCGUAAAAAUGUACAAGCCUGAUAGGUACUUCUAAGGCAGAUAAAUUCACAUGCGUAUAUGUAUACUAAUUAAAAAAUCUAAUUUAUCUCAAUUGGAUUUCACAAAUUGAAAACCUUAAAGGAGCUUGUGAUUUCAUCUAAUUGUGCUCUUGAUGAAAUUACUAUUGGCCUUGCCUUAAGCUAGAAAAAAAAAGGCUUAUUCCAAAAAGGCAGGCACUAUGUGUUCUUUUGUGUCGUACAAUAUAUUUAACAAAUAGGUAUUAGUUGCUUAGUUAGCUGCUGGAAAAGGUCUGAGCUGGCAGCCAGAUUUUUCACAUAUUAUAGAACUCUGUGUGUGUUAGUAGCCUGAGAUACCUGUGUUAUGGUAAGAACUAUACAGUACAAUGUAACCUUAACUUGCUAUGUUGUUAUGUUAGAGGCAGUUAGGUGGCCUAGUGAAAAGAGUGUGGAAGUUGGAAUCAGGAAGACCUGAGUUCAAAUCCAACUUCAGAUAGUUACUGUGAGACACUAGCAAGUCACUUAGCCUCUGCCUGCCUCAGUUUCCCGAUCUGUAAAAUAGCACCUACAUACCAUGGUUGUAAUGAAGAUAAAAUUAAAUAUAUUCAAAGUGUUUUGCAAAUCUGUAAAUGCUAGUUGCUAUUAUUGUUGUGUCACUUAUAGAACUAUAUAUUCAAGGUAGAAAAAAUAGAAUAUUUAUGUAAGACUUUUGUUGUUAUUCAGUUGUGUCCAACUCUUUAUGAUCCCAUUUGGGGUUUUGUGUUGUUGGGUUUUUUUGCAAAGAUACUUAAGCAGUUUGC